AUGUCGGUAAUAACCUUACAGUUUGGACAGUGUGGCAAUCAAAUUGGUCACCACCUGUUUUCAGUUCUGUCACAAGAUGUUUUGAAUACGAAUUCAUGCUAUUCUAACGAAAGUAAAGAGAGGUGGUUUAGGAAUAAACCUGACGAAGAUAAAUAUGUAGCCAGAGCUGUAUUAGUGGAUACGGAACAAAAAGUGUUAACUGAGGUAAGAAAGAAGAAUUGUGAUAUAGGUGCAUUAUGGAAAUAUGAUGAGACAAAUAUUAUAUCGCAUAAUGGUGGAGGUGCUGGAAACAACUGGGCUUAUGGUCAUGGAAGGAAAGGGCCACAAUUUGAAGAGAUGUUUAUGGAAGGUGUACGAAAGGAAGUUGAGAAGUGUGAUAGGUUGCUUGCUACAUUAAGCCUUCUCAGCUCUGCUGGUGGAACAGGUUCAGGAGUGGGGAGUUACCUCAUGGAAAGUUACCGAGAUGAAUUUCCAACAAAAGUCCUUCUAAAUGCUCUUGUUCUCCCAUACAGAUCAGGAGAAGUCGUCAUUCAGAAUUAUAAUACUGUACUUACAAUUGCAAAUUUGUAUGAUGUCUCUGAUAUGUUUGUAAUUUUUGAAAAUGAUAAUCUCCACAAAAUGAGCGAAAAUUUGCUGAAAAAUAAAAACACAGAUCUUCAUGAUUUAAAUGAUUUAAUUGCACUAAAGAUUGGAUCAUUAUUUCAACCCAUGGAAAGGUCAGAGCAAAGCAGAAUUCAUGAUAUUAUUUGCCAUUUGAUUCCACAUCCUGAAUACAAAGUGGUCACCAUUAAGUCAGCCCCACACUAUCCUAAGGAAUCAGGUGUGUAUGAAGCCAGUCUUGACUGGAAAGCACUGGUGACACAUAUGAAACAGACACUUCGUGUGAGUUACCUUGAAAAGGAGCCUGUCUUUGACUGGGAGACAAAAUUACCACGACCAACACAAAAUUUGCAACAUUCCUUAAUGCAGUACAGCCCUUGUAUCAGUAACUUCCUUGUGACACGGGGCAAAUGUGAAUCUGAUAUGAAGUAUUCUCUUGCGUUACCUUUAGAUGACAACGAUCUGUACCCACAGUGGAUACCCAAAGGUUCAAGAUGUCUUCAUGUGCACCAGGAUGGAAGAUUCAUGGAUAUGGAUAAGUUUAUUUCUUUAGCCACAAAUAAUAGUUUGGUUCGUUAUUCCUUGAGUAAUAUUGUUGAGAAAGCUUGGAAGACUUAUGUUCAUAAGGCUCAUUUACAUCAGUACAGGAAGUUUGGUGUUGGCGAGGAAGAUUUUUUAGAAUCUUUUGCAAAAAUGGAAAGUGUGAUUAAAUCAUAUGAAGAACUGAAGUAA